GAGGCAAAUUUUCCUUCUCAUUUUCCCUAUCUCGGACCGAAGUCUUCAUCUCUUUCUCUCUCUGUCUCAGUCUUCAUCUCUUUCUCAUUUUCCCUAUCUCAAACCAGUCUUCAUCUCUUUCUCUCCCUGUCUCAUUUUCCACCAUAUUUUCCUUCUCUCCUUUCUCUUCUUGCUAUACCCAUCACCACCUCCUCCUCCUCCUCUCUCGGACCGAACCACUGUCUCUCUCGAACCGAACCUCCUACUGGAGCCUUGACGAAGAAAAAAAAAUGGAGCCAAAGUAAAUCUCUCGGACACUCCCGCUUACAAGCAGUACGUCGCCGACUUACUCACCGGAGUUUCCACCAUCGCCGUUGGCCAUCCCUUUGACACCGUAAAGGGAAGUACGCAGAGUAGUGCUCCACAGCCCCAUGUAAUAAUUCCAUCUGCUGCUUAUGGGGGAGCUAUCAUCAGUUUUGUAUUAUGUCCAUCAGAGUUAAUUAAGGUAGAUACAAAUGGGAGAGCUUUGGAUUUCACAGUUGCUUCUCGUGGUAUGCUUACUGUGCCUAUCUCUCCAGUGUAGGAUGCAAGUUCAAGGAACUGAUUCUUUGGUUACAUUAACUAGCAGAUAUAGCGGUCCUCUUGAUUGUAUUGUUAAAACUGUAAAAAGUGAAGGGGUAAGAAAAUUCUCUGCCUCUUGAUGAUGAACCUAUAUAAAUUAUGAUAUGGUUAUGUGCUGAUUGAACAAUGUUCAGGUCAAGGGAAUCUUCCGUGGAGGUGGUGCGACUUUUCUGAGGGAAUCCAUUGGAAAUGCAGUCUUUUUCAGUGUUUACGAGUUUGUCCGCUAUCACAUGCAUUCACAACUGAAUUUUACUUCAUCUGAAAACAAUAACUUAAUUGACGUGGGAGUUGGAAUUGUGAGUGGUGGUCUUGGUGGUCUUGGUGGUAUUGCGCAAAGCAGAGUGAAGCACAUAUCCAAAAAUGGAGGUAUCGAUACUUGGUGCUAGAAUGCAACAUAUCAUGCCUUGCUCCUUCCCAUUACCAUAUUCCUUCUCUCCUUCCAUCUCAACUACACCAAAUAAUUCUUAUCUCAUUUAUGCUAAAGCUUCACCAACAACGACAACAACUUUUGUUAAAGGAGCAAACAUAGAACAACCCAACAAUGGCGAAGUGAAACGUAACAGGACUCCUUCAAAAUCUUACUCAGCCAGAAAGUCUGCUAUUCUUGAAAUUCAACUAUCCCCUGAUUUGGAUUCUGCUCUUACAAGCUAUGGAGAUAUUUUAAAAGUUCAGGACUUGAAUGCAAUAUUACGUCAUUUUGGAAUGCGAAAGAGAUGGCACAAGCUUUCCCAGUGCUUCAAUUGGAUGAAACAAAAUAUGAAGAUUUGUCCUGCAUCAUAUAGCAACUAUAUAAAGUUCAUGGGAGAGACUCAUAAUCAUGUGGGUGCACUAGAAGUUUAUAAUAGCAUUCAGGAUGAAUCAACCAAAAAGAAUAUCGUCAUCUGCAAUUAUGUUCUUGGGAGUUUGGUUAGGAAUGGAAAGUUUGAUCACAGCAUUAAGUUUUUUGGUCAGAUGAAGCAGGAUGGUUUAAUGCCAGAUGUUGUUACAUAUAGUACAUUACUUUCAGGUUGUAUCAAAGCUAAACAAUGCUAUCCAAUAACAAUGGAACUUGUUCAGGAGUUGCAGCAAAAUGAUGUGCAGAUGGACAAUGUAAUUUAUGGGACUCUUCUGGCCAUAUGUGCUUCACAUAAUAAAUUGAGUGAAGCAGAAAGCUAUUUUAACCGGAUGAAAGAAGAAGGUCAUUCGCCAAACAUUUUUCAUUAUAGCUCUUUGCUCAAUGCAUAAUCUAUAUGUGGAGACUAUAAAAAGACCGACAUUUUGAUUCAAGAUAUGGAGUCGACUGGGCUACCUCCAAACAAGGUGAUAUUAACAACUUUACUCAAGGUAUAUGUCAGAGGAGGUUUGUUUGAAAAGUCUAGAGAAUUGUUAGCUGAACUGCAAGCUAAGGGCUACGCUGAAGAUGAGUUUGGACUAUUAGGAAUUGGUGUAGUGCUAUGAAUGUAUGGCCUGCCCUUAUUGUUGAGACAAGCAAUGCUUUCAGGGCUUUAUACAGGGCAUUCUAACAUCAUCUGAACAGGCUGAUAUGACCAUGUUAGAAGAUGAACUACCAACAAAAAGAUGACUUUCAUCAGCCCUUGUCAAGGUAUAUUGAGAUAAUUUCUUUGGAGCAAUUCUUGACAACAUUUGUAGUUGAGGCCUUUAGAAUGGAAGAAUGUAUUUCACUAAUUUUUGUAUACAUUUCUUGUUUUGUAUUUAGUGAUAAAGGAAUCUGAAUUGGGCAUAAAUUAUGUUGUAAUAUGAUUUCUUAAGCCUAGACUAGUAGACUAAAUAUUUUAAUUACAUUUGAGUAAUUAAUAAAAAUCUAUUUAUGUUA